UUAGAGAAUAUAUAAUAAAAACAAAUAAACCCUGUAUCUAAUAAUACACUUGUAACUCUGUAACACCAACGCAACCACCAUAAUUCCCAUUCAAAGAGAGUCAAGAACUUCUCCCACUCUUUUAUCCUACGCACUCCUUCCUGCUUAUCCUGCGCCUCUCUUUGGCCGGAACCGAGAUCCUCCCCUUGUACCGUCGCUCUCCGCGCCUCUACACUCUCAAUUCCGCCAUUUUGUCAUAUCAUUUCGUUUCAGUGAGAAAGAAUCAUGAGUUGUUUCAGCUGUUGCGAGGAGGAUGAACUCCAGAAGUCUGCUGAAAGUGGAGGACCCUAUGUAGUAAAAAAUCCAGCAGGGAAUGAUGGAAAUUAUCAUGCUUCUGAAACUGCAAAGCAGGGCACUCAGCCGGUUAAAGCUCAGCCCAUUGAAGUUCCUAAUAUACCAGCAGAUGAACUGAAAGAAGUUACAGAUAACUUUGGUCAAGAUGCUCUGAUUGGAGAGGGAUCCUAUGGAAGAGUAUAUUAUGGUGUUCUUAAAAGUGGGCAGGCAGCCGCAAUCAAGAACUUGGAUGCCAGUAAACAGCCUGAUGAGGAAUUUUUAGCCCAGGUUUCAAUGGUAUCAAGGCUGAAGCAUGAAAAUUUUGUUCAGUUGCUUGGAUAUUGCAUUGAUGGAAGCUCCCGUAUUCUUGCUUAUGAGUUUGCAUCUAAUGGAUCUCUUCAUGAUAUUUUGCAUGGCAGAAAAGGUGUUAAAGGAGCACAGCCUGGUCCAGUUUUGUCAUGGGCACAAAGAGUAAAGAUUGCAGUAGGGGCUGCAAGAGGACUUGAAUACUUGCACGAGAAGGCUGAUCCCCACAUUAUCCACCGGGACAUCAAGUCAAGCAAUGUGCUAAUCUUUGAUGAUGAUGUUGCUAAAAUUGCAGAUUUUGAUUUAUCAAAUCAAGCUCCCGACAUGGCUGCACGUCUUCAUUCUACUCGUGUCCUUGGAACCUUUGGUUAUCAUGCUCCAGAAUAUGCAAUGACUGGACAAUUGAAUGCUAAGAGUGAUGUAUACAGUUUUGGGGUUGUUCUUUUGGAACUUCUGACUGGAAGGAAACCUGUAGAUCAUACACUACCACGCGGACAGCAGAGUCUGGUUACUUGGGCUACACCAAAACUCAGUGAGGAUAAAGUCAGGCAGUGUGUUGAUACAAGACUAGGAGGAGAAUACCCACCCAAAGCUGUUGCUAAGAUGGCUGCUGUUGCUGCACUUUGUGUGCAAUAUGAAGCUGAUUUCAGACCAAACAUGAGCAUUGUAGUCAAAGCUCUUCAACCUUUGCUGGCUACUCGACCUGGACCUGCCGGUGAAACACCAAAUUAAUUCUCUGUUUCUCUUUGUCUCUAUAUUUGUGAGUAUGUGCACCAGUUUGCAUGAAAAAUAUAUAAGGUGCUUCAGAAGAUGGUGGCAAAUUGCUCCAGCAUGACUUUAUAUCCAAUUGUUUACACUACAUUCAUUUUGUUCAUAAUCCAUGAGGUUCUUUGCUAUUCAUUUUAAUGUAUUUGUUUUACAAGUUAAAAAAAUGUAUUGGUUCUCUCUA